GUGACUUGCUGCGGUGCGGAACGCGUUUUCAGUUUCGGCACGCACGUUUUGAGUUUCGUUUCACGUUGUUUUCUAGUGAGUUUAUUCACGCGAUUAGAAACGCUAUUGAAUCGCGCCGUGCGCUUUUGUACGAUAAGAAGCUUGCGAUAAAAAUCGCUUGAAGUCAGCGCUAAUGUUUGCCAUAUGAAAACGUUGCUGUUGUUAUUGUUAUUGGUGUGCGAUUGUGGUUCGGGCAUCUUUUGUUAAAGCUAUACGAAUUGCUUUGUUGUUUUUGCUGCGGUUAUUUUUUGCGUUUGGCGAAUUUCUGUGGCUCGCGGUCUAAACUUGAAUUUUAUAAGCUGAUUCCGCAAAAAAAACCCAAACAAGCAACGUCAAAACAAAAAAACAAGUAAAACCUCGAAAAAGUUAAUGAAAAAAGAGUCGAGAUACUUUAUCUAUAUUGUCCUGGAUUAAAUAUAUUUGAGUAUCUCGAUCAUGUGCUAAGCUCAGCUCCCAAACGCAACGUCGAGGGAUUAAUAAUCAUCAGUUAAUCCAUCCUCCAUAAUUUCAAGAUGCUGGACAAACAAAGCGCCAUCUCAGUCUCCGGCUCCUGUUGCAGCUCGAAUGCAACAAACGCAGACUUGGACUACGAUGUUCCCGUCUCCGUCUCAAGGCGAAUUCACAUUAAAUCGAAACUUUAUGCAAAGGCCAUUUAUGAUAAUUAUGCGGAUACACAAGACGAGCUGCCCUUCAAAAAGGGCGACAUUCUCACAGUCAUCGAACAGGACACCGAAGGCAUCGAGGGCUGGUGGCUUUGCUCACUGCGCAACCAACAGGGUCUUUGUCCGGGCAACCGGUUACGCAUCUUAAACUCUUACGAUUCGGGCUGCUUCUCGCCAUCGCCGGCGAGUUCACCGAUUCCAUCGCUGGCAGCGAGCACAGCGACAUUGAACAGUUCCAUCUGCUCGGCGGAGAUCUAUGAGAAUGGUUCCAUCAUCAGUGCGAGCACGGGAGCUGGUCACCACAACAAUGCCGACACAUCCUCCACAUCGUCGAGCCAGAGCAGCUCGAAUUCCUGUCAGGGCCGCGGGGCACGCAGAUCGUGGCAUGUAUCGCCCAACAAGGUCAUAACGCCACAGCGGCACGGGGAUGUGUACAUCUAUAACAGUUCACCCAGCUCCUUGACGGGCACACCGCGUUCACCUCACCCGCAAACGCAGCAAACGUUGCAGUCGCAACAGAUCUACAGCAACCAAAGCAUCUAUCAGAACCUCGGCAUGAUGGGCACUCCCACCAACGGCAGCGUAGCUGGCAACGAAUUCGAGACCUACGACAUACCCAAGCCAGCCACGCCCGUGCAACUCAACUACGACGGAUCCGCGCGAGUUGUGCGCACUCCCACCUCCGGCUCAGCGUUGGGUGCUCGCUUCGAUUCACUGAAGAGCGUCGCAGCCUCAAUGUCCAUCGAGGAGGAGUCCUACGAUGUGCCACGUCCCCUGCUGCAACAGCAACAACAACAACAGCAGCAGCAGCAUUCAACGCUAACGCCCAGCAGCUCGGCAUCGUCGCUGCUGACCAGCGACAGUCUCUCGCUGAGCUUCUCCAGCUCGAAUCGCAGCUCGCUGGCCAACAUGCCCGACUACGAUAUCCCGCGUCGCAAUCCGCUUCCAGUGCGUCCCCAUCCGCGUCCGCAUGCCAGCACCUAUGACUUCUCGUUGCCCCCACUCCUAGAACAGGAGCAACAGCAGCAACAACAACAACGUUCGCUGCCCAUGCCGGUGACGGCGACCAAAGAGCUGCCACUGGAGCUGAACUCGGCGCUGGAAACGCUAGCCAAACUUCAGUCACAGACGACGAUGGCCAUCACCCGACUGCUCAGCCAUGUGGUGCCACAUUGGCGCACACGGGCUCAACUCGAACCGAACAUAAUGGAACUGAAACUCGAUGCACUUCGUCUGCGCACCGCACUCCACGAUCUCGCGGAGUUUGGCGAGGGAGCGCUAGGAAAUGCUCAGCGAUCGGAGGAUCGCAAUCUAGCGCUGAAGCUGCGUCCUUUGGUCCGUGCUUUGCGCGAUGCCAACAAGCUGAUACACGACACCUCCGAGGCUCUGGAUGCGGCUCCGGGUGGCGGUUGGUCGGUGGAACAACUGGCGCGCAGUGAUGACAAGCAGGGUUGUCGACCGCCCGAUAGUCUCGACCAGUUGAUGGCCUGUGCCCAGACACUCACCGAGGAUGUGCGCUCCACCACCAGCUUUAUACAGGGCAAUGCUUCGCUGCUGUUCAAGCGUCAGCUGCCCUCAACGGAGCAACUGAGUCAGAAUGGCGGCGCCAGGGAUAGCAGCGGGAGUCGCAGCAGCGCCGAGUGGCUGGAGGAUUACGACUAUGUGGCCUUUGAGUCGAAGGAUGCGGCAGCCAAGAAGAAUCAGGCACUACGCGAUGCCAUUCCCGCUGGCAUGAAGACGCAGUUCGACAGCGCACUAAAAAUUGCCGAGACAAAUGCCGCCGCCACGACCAUGCCCACAACGCCCACGACGCCAAGUGUGACGUUGCCCUGCAAGUCGCCAGAGAUGACCGACAAGGAUAAGAAGCUGGUGCGCUACUAUGCCCAACAGAUCUCCACGCACAUGGGCAAUCUGCUGCAGGCCAUCGAUUCGUUCCUCGAGACGGUGGAGAAGAAUCAGCCGCCGAAGUAUUUCAUUGCCUAUGGCAAAUUUGUGGUGGUCAGUGCACACAAUCUGGUCACCAUUGGCGACAAUGUGCAUCGCAACAUUUCGAAGGAGGCGCUGCGCGAGAAGAUCCUGCACUGCACCAACGAUCUCUCCGAAGCCCUCAAGACCUGUGUGCUCAAGUCGAAGAAGGCGGCAGCGCAUUUUCCCAGCGGCACUGCUGUCCAGGAAAUGGUUGAUUCCGUGGUGAAUAUCAAUGUUCUGGCACGUGCCCUCAAAUCGGUGAUGCUACAGGCCGUGCAGCUCUCGGUCGGAGACGGAGCCUAAACACACUGAGCAUGAACACACACAGUAUUCGGAGUUUGGGCUUUUAAAGUCUUCCAGGCUGUUCCUUAACCGGUUAGCACGACGCUUCGUCUAUGCAAUAAUAAUUAUAAUGAUGAUUUUCCAUCGGCAUUUAUAUCCACAUCUAUACAUUUGGCAUAUCUUCCGUAACGAUCCGCCUCGAUCUGCGGCUAUAUUUAUAUAAUUUGCAUUGUGAUAUUUUUGAGCAAACAUCAGAAAAUGCACACGGCUUCAGCUCCCAUUAUUACCCAGGAUCGUGGAAAG